GUGAAGGGGGAGGGGAAGAGUGGCUUGUUCUUUCUCAGUGGCUGUAUAUAGAACUCAGUGGCUUAGGCUGACUAUGUAGUGCCAUUGUGAAAGAAGAGCGAGAGAGAGUGAGAGAAAGAGGGCACAGACUUUCUCUACCUGGUGAAUGAGUUACUGAGAGGAGAGAGCAGCAGGAAAGAAUAUCAGCUUUCACAGGACUGUGUUUUUCCAUUGGAUUACAAACAACAAGAGGGAGAGAUAUUUCACAGAACACACGUAGAAGGGUGAUAAUGAAGCUUCUAGCGUCAUUAGCACUGGUGCUCCUCCUGGUGGCGGUGGAGAGCAUGGCGGCAAGAGGCACAUCCAGGAGGACGAAGAGGGAGCUGAUGAGCCCACUGCACAUGGGGGGCAUCAGGGACCCGUUUGGGUCGUACUGCGAGCAGCGGGGUGGCUGCUGCCCGGGUCGUGAGGAUCAGUGUACGGUGCCCUACCUGGACACCAUCUGUUACUGUGACCUGUUCUGUAACCGCACCGUCUCCGACUGCUGCCCCGACUUCUGGGGUCACUGUCUGGGCAUCUCACCCCCUUUCAUUGGCACCUGUGAAAGAAACGGACACAAAUUCCUCUCAGGACAGACAUACAAAGAGAACUGCAACUUAUGCACGUGUGGAACAACUGGGCGUUGGGAGUGUGAGCAGCAUGCCUGUCUGAUAGAGAAUGACAUGAUCCAGGCUGUCAACAGAGGAAAUUUUGGCUGGCGGGCAGCAAACUACAGCCAGUUCUAUGGCAUGUCUCUGGACGAGGGCCUGAGGUAUCGCCUGGGGACACAGAGGCCCUCCAGGACCAUCAUGAGCAUGAACGAGAUGCAGCUGAAUAUGGACCCUCAGAAUGACCGUCUGCCUCAGUACUUCAACGCAGCAGAGAAGUGGCCUGGAAAGAUCCAUGAACCUCUGGACCAGGGCAACUGCGCUGCCUCCUGGGCCUUCUCCACUGCAGCGGUUGCAUCGGAUCGAAUCUCCAUCCAGUCGAUGGGUCACAUGACCCCUCAGUUGUCGCCCCAGAACCUCAUUUCCUGUGACACGCGCAACCAAGGGGGCUGUGCUGGAGGACGUAUCGACGGAGCCUGGUGGUACCUGAGACGCAGAGGUGUGGUGACAGAGGAGUGCUACCCGUUCUCUGCCCCCCAGCAGACGCCAGCGGAGGUGGGCCGCUGUAUGAUGCAGAGUCGCUCUGUGGGCCGAGGGAAGAGACAGGCUACUGCACGCUGCCCCAGCACACACACCUACCACAAUGACAUCUACCAGUCUACACCUCCCUACAGGCUCUCAUCAAACGAGAAGGAGAUCAUGAAGGAGAUUAUGGAUAAUGGCCCAGUGCAAGCCAUCCUGGAGGUCCAUGAGGACUUCUUCGUCUAUAAGAGUGGGAUCUAUAAACACACAGACGUCAGCUUCACCAAACCGCCACACUACCGCAAACACAACACACACUCCGUCAGGAUCACAGGGUGGGGAGAAGAGAGGAACUAUGAUGGGACAACUAAGAAGUACUGGAUUGCUGCCAACUCGUGGGGGAAGAACUGGGGGGAGAACGGCUACUUCCGUAUCGCUCGCGGAGAGAAUGAGUGUGAGAUCGAGGCGUUCGUGAUUGGCGUGUGGGGUAGGGUCACCAUGGAAGACAUGCAAAGCCACCAUCACCACCAACAUCGCCGACGCAAGUAGAGACAGGCACUCCAGGAACUCAGCAUCCCCAGAGCCCCUUCCUUUCAUCCCGAACCCUCUUCCCCUUCCUACCCUGGGGGAGCAGCACAACCAGCCCCAGAGCCCCUACCCUUCAGUACACAGCAAUAAUCACCUCAGGACUCACUAUCCCAAAGACCACACUUCCCAGACUCCUUGGCUUUGGCCUGGGAUCGACUGUUUACUUCCUGCUUCUGUUCAGAAGUCUUCAUUUCCACUGCUAUGAUGAUGAAAGGACUGGCUUGAUCUGAACUCUCUCUCUCUCUUUUGCUCUCUCUCUCUGGAAGCCAACCCCUUACGGACAGAUUGGGAUUGGGAGAACCAGAGAGAUAGAAUGUUAGAUGACACAAGCACCAGAGAGAAACUAACAAUCCACUUGUGUUACAGUUUAGUUAGUGUUAUCACUGAGGACCUAACUCUUAAUCAUGCUAGCUAUAUCAUUGAUUAAUGUAUUCCUAUUACUGUCAGCAGAUCUGCAGUUGCAUUAGCCAUUAGCCACUGCAGUUGCAUCUCCUACACAUUCCAAAAAAAGCAGAAUUUUACACUGGAAAGGGUGUUGGUCUAAGGCCUGGUGGUAGGUGGGAUUGAGUUUAGUGAACUGUCCUUUUGACCAAUAAUUUAUUUCCCCUCAUUUACCAAAAAACUGUUUUCUUUUUAGUACAAUCCUGUACUAUGCUAAGUGCAUAGUACAGGAUGGAGUCUCAGCAAGCUCUGGAAAUGUUCAGUACCACAUAACCUGUCUGGUUAUGGAAGAGAUGGUGUCAAUCUUCCAAUGAUAUCAAAUCAACUUCAGUCUCAUGACCAUGACAGCUCUUGACUGAAUCCAACUGCUUGAACAUAACGUUUCUGUAAGAAUAAUAUUAGUGGGUCAACCACUUAUAAAUCUCCCUUAAUAGAUAGUAUACACUCUUAGAAGUAAUGGAGCCUGGAAGAACCUUUAGAACCAAAGAACCAAUUCUAAAGAUUAUUCGAGGAACCCCUGUGUAAAGGUUCAAAUCAGAACCUUUUUGUGAUGAGUGAGGUUCAAUUCUGAACCUUUUUAAUAAUAUAUUGUAGAGGUGGCAGCCUAUCAGAAGAUUGGAGGUGUAUCUUAUUGGAGGUGUGGCUUUCAGAUAGUUAUUUUUGGCCACCCAUUACAGUAAAUGUAAUUUCUGUUCAUCAUGUAAAGUUUCAUCAUGCAAAUUUCAAUUUUCCUUGAAUAUUUAUGCAUAUUACAUAUUCUAAUAUAAUAUUAAUAAUAUUAACAUUGCUGAUGACAUAAGGUCCAAAAUUGGGAUUUGCAUAGGCUCUUGAGGAACUCGUACACCUCUGUAAGCCUCAUUGAAGCUACAGAACUCUCAUUGUUCAACCUUAACAUGUGAUGAAAAUACAACAGAAAAUCUGAAAGCCACACCCCUAUCAAGCCACACCUCCAGUCCAGGGUUCCUACAGGAACCCUUUGCUACAUUGAAACAUGAAAGGUUCCUCCAAGAACCCCUCAAUUAACCUAAGGUGCAAAUAUUGAGGAACUCUAGGGGUUCCUUGAGUACCUCCAGUGUUCCUUGAGUCACCACUAAUUCUAAGAGUGUACAGUACAUUUGAAAGCAGAGAUGAAGCAUGUAAAAUAUGUGUAGAUGCGAUUGUAGCAAGUGAGGAGCUUAAAAAAAACACAUUCCGUUUAUUAAUCAGCUGGUUGACAAAAACGUAUCUUGGAAAAAAUGAGGCAUUGAUUGAAAUAUCUGAGUUGUCAUUUCUUUGAAGAAGGUAAAAUGGCCACCACCAUGUCAUUUUCAGAUGUUGCUUCAACAUGGAAACGUCUUGGUUGAUCAAAUGCCUUAAAGAAAUGAGUGCUGUUUUUGACCUCUGGUUGAAAGUAUCCACGGUUUGUGUAUUAUAGUCUUAAAGUUUUUAAUUCCGUGUACACUGUGUUACUAUAAUGCUGAAAAUAUUGUUGUAUUUUACUCCUAUUUUCUUACUUGCUUUGAGAGAUGUGGUUGUCUCACACACUCACUCCCCUCCCCUGACCAGCUACUUUGAAGAGUGCUUGGGUGGUGCACUUACUCCUUCUGAAGGUGAACACACACAAAAUCAAAGUGCCUGACUCUAGGGAGAGGAGGAGGUCGGACUCAGCUGCCAAAGUCUGUUCAAUGCUGUUUCAUUAUAGCCUAAAUCUCACUGACGGCACAUGCCACUAACACUUCAGUAUUCAGCAGUAGGCAUGUGUAGGCCUACAACAGACUCAUUGUGACAUUUCAAAGGUUUUGCAUUUCCAAAGAAGUGUUAGGUAGGUAGCUCAAGCCUCAACUGAAGCCAGUGAUCGCACAGGUUCUGAUAUACUGAUAUAACUUGAUAUAACUGCCUUAUGUAAUGUUGCCCUAGGUGCUCUUUUUAUACUGUCUCCAAUUCAUAUAUAUUAUUUCUGUGCCUAUCAUGAGUUUUAAUGUCUAAGUUUCCAGAGGUGGCAACUGUCGUUUUAGAGACCAGAUCAUGUAUCAGUUCACACUGUGCAGUCGCACUUCACAAUAAACUGCUUGGCUUCCCAGAA